CUGUGUUCUGCAGCCGGCGUCGAGCAGGAAACCGGGACGGAGCACAGCGAGUCCUCCGAGGAACCGUUUACAGGAACCAAUGCGCGCUUGCGUCAGCCGGCGGACAGCGAACUGAUCUGAAUCCUCGCGAUUCACUCUACGUUAUUUGAAUGACUUCUUCAAUGACUUCAGUGACUCAGGAACGUCAAUCUAGAGCUUUCUGACUGAAAUGCAACAGCUAGUUUUCCCACUUUGUCGUGUUUUAUUGGAAGCGCACGCAUAUUAUAGGAAAACAUUGAACUUUUAAUAUAUGUUAAUCGAAUAGGAAGUUUGUCAGUACAAAGCUUUAUUUAUUAUUGAAACACCUCAGGCUGGUUCGCAGGGAGAAGAGCGUCGUUAUUAGAGCAGGAUCUGAGCUGAGGGUGGGAUCAGCUGAUGAUAAGUUACACGUGUUACAGUGCAAGGGUCUUACUUUACUCUAGUCUACCUCAAGAGCUGGACUAUCACACUCACCAGUCUGAUAUGAGAGGUGCACAGGACUGAAGAGGAACAAGCCACCCCUCUCAUAUUGCUUUAUUUUAUUUUAUCAUAAUUUCGGUUGUUUACUCCACCACUUUCACUUGAACCAAAGAUGUCCUGCCUGUUGCUUGGAGUACUAAGGAGGCGGAAUGCCAUCAGUACAGCUUCAGUGGGUGUGCGGUCACUCGCCUCCAUCCCCUCUCUGCCCCCGUCGGUGGCGGAGUUUGUGUCGGGCGCUGUGACUGAAUGUAAACCUACUAAAGUACACGUGGUCACAGGCACUCCAGAGGAGACAGCAGACAUCCUGGCCAACCUGGAGAAAGAGGGCAUGGUGAAGAAACUCAGCAAAUAUGAAAACUGCUGGCUGGCACGUACUGACCCCAAAGAUGUGGCUCGUGUGGAGAGUAAAACUGUGAUUGUCACUAAGGACCAAAGAGACACUAUUACCUUACUGGAGUCAUCAUUUGUAAAACAUAAUGUUGAUAGACGUCACUGUUUCUUUCUCCACCAGAUUCUGGGAAUCACAAAUCCUCAGGGUGUAAAACGGUACAUUGCAGCAGCGUUCCCGAGCGCUUGUGGGAAAACUAACCUGGCCAUGAUGAAACCAGCGCUGCCAGGCUGGACGGUUGAGUGUGUGGGCGAUGACAUCGCCUGGAUGAAAUUUGACAGUCAGGGUAAACUCAGAGCCAUUAAUCCAGAGAAUGGUUUCUUUGGAGUUGCCCCCGGGACGUCCCUGAAGACAAACCCUCAUGCCAUGGCAACCAUCUCCAGGAACACAGUGUUCACUAACGUGGGAGAGACCAGCGAUGGGGGAGUUUGGUGGGAGGGUCUGGAACCACCUGCACCUGGAAUCAAACUCUCAGACUGGCAUGGAAAAUCCUGGAAGUAUGGUGAUUCUACACUGUGUGCUCAUCCGAACUCUAGGUUUUGUGCCCCAGCUGGCCAGUGCCCCAUCAUAGACCCACUCUGGGAAAGUGAUGAGGGCGUCCCCAUUGAUGCCAUUGUAUUUGGUGGAAGAAGACCAGAAGGUGUGCCUUUGGUGUACGAGUCAUUUAACUGGCGUCACGGUGUGUUUGUGGGUGCAGCCAUGAGAUCUGAAUCCACAGCUGCUGCUGAACACAAAGGUAAAGUAAUCAUGCAUGACCCCUUCGCCAUGCGUCCUUUCUUUGGUUACAACUUCGGUGACUACUUGGCCCACUGGUUGAGUAUGGAGACGCGCAAGGGCCAGACCCAACUCCCCAAGAUCUUCCACGUCAACUGGUUCCGGAAAGAUCAGAAGACCGGCUCUUUCUUGUGGCCAGGGUUUGGAGAGAACGCCCGCGUCCUCGAGUGGAUCUUCAAACGAUGCGGCCGUACCAGUGAAGACGAGGCUGCCACAAAAAGCAUUGUGGGAUGGAUUCCACAAAACGGUGCCAUAAACACAGAAGGCCUAGGUGGAAAUAUCGAUAUGGGUGCCCUCUUUGACCUGCCCAAACCCUUCUGGCAGAAGGAAACACAGGAGCUUCGGACCUACUUCACCCAGCAGGUUGGAGCUGAUCUGCCCGCACAAGUGGAAGGAGAGCUGAGGGCGCUGGAGGAGCGAGUGAGGGAUUGAACAGACACUACAUUACAUUGAUGUUGAGCAGAUGUGAAGAAUAGGAUGGGUUGAGGUGGAGGUAACUGUUUUAAUGUGACUGUUGCACUGCAGUGGAUGCUGCACCUGAGAAACACAAAACCAAAAAGUUCACAAGAUGCCAUCAGUGUUAUCAAUACCUAGGUGCCUUAUUUGAUCUUACAGUAGAAGCUAAAAACUCUAUUUAAUGUUAUAAACUAUGUCCCAAAAUGCCUUUUAGAUUAUUUGACUAAAACAAGACCACAUUAUGAAUUUAAACCACAGCAUCUUCAAAAUAUAUAUAGUUUAAGAGUACACUACCUAAUAUCUGUUGAUUUUGAGCAAAGAUAUUAGACAUGUCUUCAAGGAGAGCACCAAUACGAUAAUUUUUUACUCACCUAAUGAAAGCUGAAGUUUUAUUUCUAACGAUUUUGCCUUUUAUCAGUGGAAUUUGAUUGACAUGAAUCAGGUUGAGCUUGGGUUGAGCUUUCCGGACCAAAGAACACAGACAAGUCUCAGUCAUUGAAUGUGUGCAUGUUUUUACAUGAGCUGACUGAAUAAAUACAACUCUAAACCAAA